AUGAAGCUCCUCGCAAGAGCGACGCUGCUAUUAGCAGCUGUCGUAUCAGCCAUCAAGAACCCAAUUCUCCCAGGAUGGAACCCCGACCCAGCCAUUCUCCGCGUCGGAGACACCUACUACAUGGCAGUCUCCUCCUUCACCUACUAUCCCGGCAUCCCAAUCUACAAGUCCACAGACCUCACAAAUUGGGACCUCGUAUCCCACGCCCUCCAAGACCCCUCCGUCCUCGCCCUCUAUGGCGUCUCCGCCGGCGAGGGCGUCUGGGCCCCCUCCUUCUCCCACCACAACGGCCUCUUCUACAUCACCUCCAUGACGCGAUGGGGCUCCGACCCGGACUCCCGCUCCUGGCCGCGGAUAUGGUACAUCUCCUCCCCGGACCUCGUCACUUGGUCCCCUCUGACAUGGGCGGAGCCUUACGGCAUCGAUCCGGAUCUGUUUCACGACCCGGCUACGGGGAAGUCUCACCUCAACCUCAUGGGGCCUAAUAAUAACUAUGACCGGCUAUGGGGCAUAACGCAAUGCGAAAUUGAUCUCAGCACAGGAAAAUGCAUCGGUCCCUACCGUAAUAUCUGGAACGGAACACUUCCGCAACUGCCCAGCUCCAGACCAGAGGGUCCCAAGAUGUUCAAGCGCGGGGAGUGGUACUACCUCCUCCUAGCGGAAGGCGGCACGAGUACAGGCCACCGCGCGACGAUAGGCCGCUCAAAGUCACCCCAGGGCCCGUGGGAAUCUUCCCCGACGAACCCGCUCAUCUACAAUGGCGCCGAUCCGAAGCUCACGGUGCAGUCGACUGGCCACGCAACGUUCACUGAUACACCUGACGGAGAGUGGUACGCCUCCCUGUUAGCAAGACGGAACGUAAAGGGUGCCUCGCCUCUCGGUCGCGAGGCAUUUCUGGUAAAGGUUGACUGGGAGGACGGGUGGCCGACGAUGAAUGGAGGGAAGCCUCUGUUAUUGAGCGAGAGCGUCGACGGACCAGAUCAGGAGUAUCCCAAGGCGAAAUGGGUUGAUGAGUUUACUGGCCCUGAGUUGGGCAUCAGCUGGUACCAGCAGCGGACGCCGUACACGGAGAACUUCAGGCUCAAGGGUGCGGCGGCGACGGGUGGGUUCGGGAAGAGAGUGGUUGCCAGCGACUCGGGGAUCGUGUUCAAUCCCAAUGUCUUCACGCUCGGGGACCGGGAUACGGCUGCUGCUGUGCUUCGAAAGCAGACGUCGUUGAACAUGACUUUCUCAGCUAGACUGUCGUCGACGUCGGCUGGGCUGGGGCCGAGGCAGUCGGUUGGCAUCGCGUCGUACCUGAGUGAAGUCAAUCACCAAGAUAUUGGGGUAAGAGGAUGCUGGAAUACGACGGGGCUAUGUUUGUACGUCGAUCUCUUACCGACUUCCACCGGUCCGACAACUCGACCCAAUUCAACUGAAUAUCCCCUUAACGAGCCAACGAUCUCCGCAGAUCUAACACUUCACAUCCGCGCCUCGCCUUUGGAAUACUCCCUCGGCUACUCUCGCAGCAACGCGUCUUCGCCCACAUGGUUGAAGACAUUCAACUCCAAGCAGAUGAGCUCGAACCCUGGGUAUCCCAACUUCGAGGGCUCCAUGUUCGCCCUCUUCGCCAGCGGGAAUGGAGAGCCGUGGCCGUACGACGCUCCGGAGGUAGGCUUCAACCGCGUCGAGGAGGUAUACUUUGACGAGGGUCUGCCGGACUAUGACAAUUGGGCGUAG